CCAGCCAACGUGCGCGUUACAUUACGAACCGGAAAAUAUCGACGCUGCACCACAAUCGAGUCCCAAACACACACACACACACACAUGCACACGGGCCCAGAAAAAAGUGGGUUCAACCAAAAACCAAAAAAGUGAUAAUAGAAUUCGCGCCCGCAGCUAAAUUAAAAUUCAUCAAAGGUUCCUACAAGCGCGACGUGUAAUAAAAAACCUUCGAAAGCGAAAAAGUUUUGAAAAGAAAAUAUUUAAAAGCGAAUACGAAUUGAAGAAAUUUAAAUAUCAAAUCCAUGCAAGACACCUCACAAAGUGCUAGAAAAUGUGCCGGGUUUAAGAGAGAAGCGGAAAACACGGAGAGCAUAAUUAACUAAAGAAUCGGUGCGAUAUAAAGAAAAUCUGGCUUGAAGUAGAGGGAGCACAGAAGCCGAAAAUAUGUGCGCAGACUUUUCUUUGGCCAGCCAGUGGAAUUGAUUUUCUUUUCGUUUCUCCCACAAUCCCCGUGCAACUCCUUUUUCCCCCCACAACCUAUUUCUGGUGCCUCGCCGAAUAAAAACCAAAAUGAUCUACUACAUGCUACUCGUACUGCCCGUUGUCCUGGCCCAGGAUCAGCAGCACACCACGGAGUCGCUGUCCAGCAAGCACCAGCAGAUAUCGCACUCGAAUGCGAUAAUGGGCGAGGCCGGGGUCUCCAACUCGCAGCUGAUGCAGCCCCCGACCCCGGCGAGAACGCUGCGACCUUUGACCGCGGGCGGGGGUGGUGACCCAUCGCUGUACGACGCCCCCGACGACUGCCACUUCAUGCCAGCCGCUGGGCUGGACCAGCCGGAGAUAGCCUUAACCUGCAACCUGCGGACCGUGAACAGCGAGUUCGACACCACCAACUUCAGUGUGAUCCCCGCCGAGCACACGGUGGCCCUGCACAUCCUGUGCAACGACGAGAUCAUGGCCAAAAGUCGCCUGGAGGCACAGUCCUUCGCCCACUUGGCCAGGCUCCAGCAGCUGUCCAUCCAGUACUGCAAGCUGGGGCGACUGGGUCGCCAGGUCCUCGAUGGCCUCGAACAGCUGAGGAACCUCACUCUGCGGACCCACAACAUCCUGUGGCCCGCCCUGAACUUCGAGAUCGAGGCGGAUGCCUUCCUGGUCACCCGCAGGCUGGAGAGACUGGACCUCAGCUCGAAUAACAUCUGGUCCCUGCCGGACAACAUAUUCUGCACUCUGUCCGAGCUGUCUGCCCUGAAUAUGAGUGAGAACCGCCUGCAGGACGUGAACGAGCUCGGUUUCAGGGACCGCAGCAAGGAGCCACCAAGUGCCUCCACCGAGUCCUCAUCCACAACCGAAUCGGCCAAGAGGGGCAGCAGCUCCAGCACCAGCUGUUCCCUGGAUCUGGAGUACCUAGAUGUGAGCCACAACGAUUUCGUGGUCCUGCCAGCCAAUGGUUUCGGCACUUUGAGGAGGCUGCGUGUCCUGUCGGUCAAUAACAAUGGCAUCUCCAUGAUAGCCGACAAGGCGCUCAGUGGACUGAAGAACCUGCAGAUUCUGAACCUGAGUUCUAAUAAAAUCGUGGCCCUGCCCACAGAACUCUUUGCCGAGCAGGCGAAGAUUAUCCAAGAGGUCUACCUGCAAAACAACUCGAUAAGUGUGCUGAAUCCGCAACUAUUCUCCAAUCUGGAUCAACUGCAGGCCCUGGACCUCUCCAUGAACCAGAUAACCUCCACUUGGAUCGAUAAGAACACCUUUGUGGGUCUGAUUCGUUUGGUCCUGCUCAACUUGUCGCACAAUAAGCUGACCAAACUGGAACCGGAGAUCUUCAGCGAUUUGUACACCCUGCAGAUCCUGAAUUUGCGUCACAAUCAGCUGGAGAAUAUAGCAGCCGACACUUUUGCCCCCAUGAACAAUCUCCACACACUGCUUCUGUCGCACAACAAGCUGAAGUAUCUGGAUGCAUAUGCUCUGAACGGGCUGUAUGUGCUGUCGCUCCUUUCGCUGGACAAUAAUGCCCUGAUUGGCGUGCAUCCGGACGCCUUCCGCAACUGCAGUGCCCUGCAGGACCUCAAUUUGAAUGGCAACCAGCUAAAGACGGUUCCGCUGGCCCUGAGAAACAUGCGGCAUCUGAGGACCGUGGAUCUGGGCGAGAACAUGAUUACCGUGAUGGAGGACAGUGCCUUCAAGGGUCUGGGAAAUCUCUACGGUCUCCGCUUGAUUGGCAACUAUCUGGAGAAUAUCACGAUGCAUACUUUCAGGGAUCUGCCCAGUCUGCAAAUCCUGAAUCUGGCCAGAAAUCGCAUUGCAGUCGUGGAACCAGGAGCCUUUGAGAUGACCUCCAGCAUCCAAGCUGUUCGAUUGGAUGGCAAUGAGCUGAGUGACAUCAAUGGACUGUUCAGCAAUAUGCCUUCUCUUUUGUGGCUGAAUAUCUCUGAUAACCGACUGGAGUCCUUUGAUUAUGGCCAUGUUCCAUCCACCUUGCAAUGGCUGGAUCUCCACAAAAACCGCCUGGGCUCUCUGUCCAAUAGGUUUAACUUGGAUGCCGAACUGAAACUGCAAACUCUGGACGUCAGUUUCAAUCAACUGCAGCGCAUUGGACCCAGUUCUAUACCGAACUCGAUAGAACUGCUGUUCCUGAACGACAACCUGAUAACCACUGUGGAUCCGGAUACCUUUAUGCACAAGACUAAUCUGACGCGGGUGGAUCUGUAUGCCAAUCAGAUAACCACACUGGAUAUUAAGUCCUUGAGGAUUCUGCCAGUCUGGGAACAUCGGGCCCUGCCGGAGUUCUACAUCGGAGGAAACCCCUUCACCUGCGACUGCAACAUCGACUGGCUGCAGAAGAUUAACCACAUAACUUCGCGGCAAUAUCCCAGGAUAAUGGAUCUGGAGACCAUUUACUGCAAGUUGCUGAACAACAGGGAAAGGGCCUACAUUCCCCUGAUCGAGGCCGAACCCAAGCACUUUUUGUGCACCUACAAGACCCACUGCUUCGCCGUUUGCCAUUGCUGUGAGUUCGAUGCCUGCGACUGCGAGAUGACCUGCCCCACCAACUGCACCUGCUUCCACGACCAGACCUGGUCCACCAACAUCGUGGAGUGCUCCGGAGCUGCCUACUCCGAGAUGCCCAGACGAGUGCCCAUGGACACCACCGAGCUGUACAUCGAUGGCAACAACUUUGUGGAACUGGCGGGGCACUCGUUCCUGGGUCGCAAGAACCUGGCCGUUCUGUAUGCCAACAACUCGAACGUGGCCCACAUAUACAACACCACCUUCAGUGGGCUCAAGCGCCUGUUGAUCCUGCACCUGGAGGACAACCACAUAGUCAGUCUGGAGGGCAACGAGUUCCACAACCUGGAGAAUCUGAGGGAGCUGUACCUGCAGUCCAACAAGAUAGCCAGCAUUGCCAACGGCAGUUUCCAGAUGCUGAGGAAACUGGAGGUCCUGCGCCUGGAUGGCAAUCGCCUGAUGCACUUCGAGGUCUGGCAGCUGAGUGCCAAUCCCUACCUGGUGGAGAUCAGCCUGGCCGACAACCAGUGGAGCUGCGAGUGCGGCUACCUGGCGCGGUUCAGGAACUACCUGGGCCAGAGCUCGGAAAAGAUCGUGGACGCCUCCAGAGUGAGCUGCAUCUACAACAAUGCCACCAGUGUGCUGAGGGAGAAGAACGGCACCAAGUGCACCCUGCGGGAUGGCGUGGCCCACUACAUGCACACCAACGAGAUCGAGGGACUGCUGCCCCUGCUCCUGGUGGCCACCUGCGCCUUCGUGGCCUUCUUCGGCCUGAUCUUCGGGCUGUUCUGCUACCGCCACGAGCUGAAGAUGUGGGCCCACUCCACCAACUGCCUGAUGAACUUCUGCUACAAGUCGCCGCGGUUCGUCGACCAGCUGGACAAGGAGCGGCCCAACGACGCCUACUUCGCCUACAGCCUGCAGGACGAGCACUUCGUGAACCAGAUCCUGGCCCAGGCCCUGGAGAACGACAUCGGGUACAGGCUGUGCCUGCACUACCGGGACGUGAACAUCAAUGCCUACAUCACGGACGCCCUGAUAGAGGCCGCCGAGAGCGCCAAGCAGUUCGUGCUGGUGCUGUCCAAGAACUUCCUGUACAACGAGUGGAGUCGCUUCGAGUACAAGAGCGCCCUGCACGAGCUGGUGAAGCGCAGGAAGCGGGUGGUGUUCAUCCUGUACGGGGACCUGCCCCAGCGGGACAUCGACAUGGACAUGCGUCACUACCUGCGGACGAGCACCUGCAUCGAGUGGGACGACAAGAAGUUCUGGCAGAAGCUGCGCCUGGCCCUGCCCCUGCCGAAUGGUCGGGGCAACAACAACAAGCGGGUCGUUUCCGGGUGUCUGUCGGCGCGCACUCCCGCGGUAAACAUGUACGCCACCAGCCAUGAGUAUCAGGCCAACGGCAACGGUGGGGUGAUACCGCCACCCACUGCCCGCUACGCGGACUGCGGCAGCAACAACUACGCCACCAUCAACGAGUGCGGCGCCACGGCAGGUCGGGGGUACAAGCCCAUUCCCACUUCUGCCUCGGCGGCGGCGGCGGCCUGCAAGUUCAACACCAUGAACCAGCUGAGCAAGAAGCAGCAGCGCGACUUGAGUGCCGUGGGCAUGGCCAAGACCCUGGAGCACCAGCACCACGGCCACCACGCCCACCAGGCGGCGAACCGGAGGAGCCAGCACGAGUACGCGGUGCCCAGCUACCUACCAAGUGCCGCUCCGGCCUACGACAGCGUGGACUACGCCAAGCAGCAGAUCCGCGGCAACGCCAACUGCGAGUGCGUCAAUCUGGGCACCGGCAAGAGGCCGCAGGCGAAGGGCGCCGCCGCGGGACUGCCCUCCAGCUUCAGCUCGAACUUUGUGCCCCCGGGAGGCGCCUCGUACAACUGCAAAAAGUCCUGCAACUGCAUCGGCGACGAGGACCUGCUCUGCAGCUGCGGAGGGGGCGGUGGCAUCGGGGUGAACCUGCUGGAGAGCGGCACCCAGAGCAGCGUCACCAUGAGCAGCAGCAGCAACAACAGUCGCCAGCCGGAACUGACCCACUACGAGUCCAACCUGAGCCUGAACGACGACGACGAGGACGAGGAUCAGGACCAGCAGAAGAACCUGUGGGCGUAACGGGGUUAAGUGAGGGGGUUAAGGAAACAAAAACUUAAAAACAUAAAAACAGCAGGAGACAGACUGCGCAACCAGUGAAUUUAUAAAACUUAAACGAAAACUCUAAACUAAACAUAAACUAUAAAUUAAAAAAUAUAUAUAUAGAGAGGCAGGCAGUUAGCAUACUUUUUGGGAUGGUUCAAACAGACUGAUACUUUUAGUUCUUUAAAUAAAUUAAAAUUUAUAUCCCUGUAAAUAGAGCCAGAGGAGAUGAAAACUAUACCUUAAAAUGAGAUUUCAAUAAUUUAACCAUUGUAAAAAGAGUCACAAAGCGGUUUUUAUAUAAGGGCCUGUACAUAAUUAUAAAUAGAACAUAAAUCUUUAAUUUAUUUAAAUUUACAUAGCUACCACAGAUAUAAGAACAACCAUGUUGAAUAAAAAUAAAAUAAAAUGUAUGAGAAACAAAAAUUCAUGAAAAGUAUCCCAAUCAUUUUCCACUUUCCCAGACUCUUCCCCACCCCUCACCACCUCCGCCAUCAGAUAGCCAGGAAAAUUAAUUAGCAUGUAAGGAAAUUGUACGAUAAACAUCAAACAAUGCCAUUGGUAAACAUGUAAGAGGACAGGAACCGAGCAAAAAUACGCACCCACAGAACACGUGAAAAAUGCAGAAAACAAUAAAAAGUCGUAAUAAUAACUGCGAUGAAAACACACAUACACGGAGAAAAUAUAUACGCGUAAUAAUAAUAUUAAUAGCUGACACUCAACGAAUUGAAAAUAAAAUUAUAGUAAAUCAUACCCACUCUCUCACAUAUUUCUGCCUGGAAAUGCGAUAAUGAUGAGCCGACCGCCCGAUGAAGCUGCCGUUGAUAACAAUUAAGCUUCCAAACGAAACCCGAUCGGAAAAUAUGAAUAAAACGCAGUGCAGUUUCGGGCUUAAUGGUUUCGCAUUUUUUCAUUUAAAUAACACCAGUAUUAUUCCGCAAAAAAAGUAGGCUGGACUAGCGAUUUAUAGGACUGUCUGGAAAGCAAUUACAAUUUACAACGACUUUUCCAUUAUUUCCUUUUCAAAUUAAACAUUUUUUUCUACAUUUUCCUUUUUGUAUAUUUCUCUUUAAUCAACAUCGAAACGCAAACAUUUUUUUAUAUCGAACUAUUCGUUUUUAGCUCAUUGGAUCGACUUUUUUAAUUAAUUAUCAGUAACUAUAAACGAUAGUCUUUUUGAAAAUACCAUUUUAUCCAACGAUACGAAAUCCUUGUUUCCUUCCUCGAUUUGCACUUGAUGGUAAUUUCAAAAGUAUGUUUGAUAUUAAUGCGUACACAUUUUUUAUUUGAAUGUUAUUACUCGUUCCACACCAAUUGGUUAAAGAAACUGUCAGAAAAAGGAAAAUAAAACAAAACAAACAAUCAAUUGAGCAUACUUUCAGGCUUUUUGCUGACAUGUUGUUCGUCGCUCAUACAAAGCAUUUAAUGAAAUUAUUUAAUGGCAUGCCAUUAAAAUAACAAAAGAGCAAAUAAGAACAACAGCAAUGUAUGAUUGAAAAGGGAGCAGAAACAGCGGCAAUAAUCGGGAUGGAAGCUGUAUUAUUAUUUUACAUAUUUUUUAUUAUGCAAACAACAAAUAAAACAUACAUGAAUAAAUAAUGUUUUCGCAUGUCUGACUGCGAAAUGUACAUAUAUAAAUACUUAUAUAAAUGUAUACAAUAAAACAGAAGUUUCAUGAACUAAAUACAAAAAAAUUGAUCCCAGAUGAAUUUAUUAAAAAAUUAAAAACACAAAAUCAACAGCAAAGCGAAAGGCCUACAACAAUUGAGAUACUACUAAUAAAUACUCAAUAAGCAUUAUAAUUAUUAACUACGAAGCUGAACAAGCACCACAAAGGAUGCAUUAAAAUUUUAGUUUAGUCUAAGUUGUGUACAGAGACUGUCAAAAAUCCCCUGCAAAACCAAAAUGAAGAAAAAGUUACUCGCAAAAGUUUUAGCUAAAUUUAAAUAAGCAAGAACAUAAAAUGGUAAUAAAUUGCCAUUUAAAAUACAAUUUCACUUAAAACCAAUUAAACCCAAUUUUAAAUCUCCAUUUUAUAACAUUCACAAGAUGAAAAACGAAAUAUUACAUUUUAAAGUUUAAGCAUUUCCAAUCACGUUUACUCAUUUUUUAAUACAUUUCAAUCCCGAUCACUCACAAAACACAAAUGCAACGAUGUUGGACAAGCAGAAAAAGUGACAGAAUACCGAUAAAUAUUGAUAAAAUACUUUAUAAGAUUUUUGUGUUCCUAAAUGCCACUUAUGCAAAUUAAUGUCGAUUUCUAUGUAUACAUAAAUAUAUACAAAAUAUUAUACUGCGGCAGAAAAAAUAUGUGAAAUAUAUUUCUCAUUUGACAAUUUUUGUUCAAUACAGACAUGGCCCAUUAUUUAGUAUGUAAGUGGAAAUUUAUUUUAAAUAAUCGCAAAACUAACUGAACAAGUGAAAGAAGAGAGGCGAAAAAUAGACUCAAUGGAGUUUAAAAAGAAACAAAACAAUAUGAA